AUGGAGAACUUCAUUCUGUAUGAGGAGAUUGGCAGAGGAAGCAAGACGGUGGUCUAUAAAGGGCGGCGAAAAGGAACCAUCAAUUUUGUAGCUAUUCUCUGUACUGAUAAGUGUAAAAGACCUGAAAUAACCAAUUGGGUCCGUCUCACUCAUGAAAUUAAACACAAGAAUAUUGUAACUUUCCAUGAAUGGUACGAAACCAGCAAUCAUCUUUGGCUCGUGGUGGAGCUCUGCACAGGUGGCUCCUUAGAAAUGGUUAUUGCUCAAGAUGAAAACCUCCCUGAAGAUGUCGUGCGAGAAUUUGGAAUUGACCUCGUCAUGGGAUUGCAUCACCUUCAUAAACUUGGAAUUCUCUUUUGUGACAUUUCUCCCGGGAAGAUCCUGCUGGAAGGGCCUGGCACCUUGAAGUUCAGCAAUUUUUGCUUAGCAAAAGUGGAAGGUGAAAAUUUGGAAGAAUUCUUCGCUUUGGUGGCAGAAGAAGGAAGCGGUGAUACCGGGGAGAGUGGGCUGAAGAAAAAUAUGAAAAGCAGAAUCAAAGGAUGCCUUGUGUACACGGCUCCCGAAGUCCUGAGGGGAGCCGAUUUCUCUAUCACCAGUGACCUCUGGUCCUUGGGCUGUCUGCUUUAUGAAAUGUUUUCAGGAAAACCUCCAUUUUUCUCAGAACGUUUUUCAGAUUUGAUUGAACAGAUUUUAUAUCAAGACCCUUUGCCACCUAUUCCCAAAGAUUCUUCUCUUCCUAAAGCAUCUUCAGAUUUUAUUAAUUUGCUUGAUGGUUUACUUCAAAAAGAUCCUCAGAAAAGGUUGCCUUGGGCACGCCUAUUGCAGCAUUCAUUUUGGAAGGAUGCCUUCACGAGGAAAGACCAGGACGCUACAGGCACUGAGGAUUCCAGCACCAGGAGAAAUGAGAUGGAGUGUUCGGAGACCCUAGAUUCCAAGGAGCUUUUGAAGAAUCUGCUGAGUGGACAAGCCAAAGGACAGAGGAGUGGUCAGCGGCUGACUCGCUCUUUCAGAGAAAAUGCUACUGAACUGAAGCCCAAGAGUUCUCCCGAGGGUCACCUGAACGAGUCCAUGUUUCUUCUCAGUUCUCGACCUACUCCCAGAACCAGCACCACACUGGGAGUAAGUCCUGAUGAGAAGAUUCCAAACUCACCACUGAAGACUUCUCCUCUGAAGAUGCCAGGUGGUCCCCUGAGUCAGUAUGACCUGGAAUCCCAGAUGAAAGAGCUUAUCUAUACAGACUCGGAUCUUGUUGUCACCCCGAUCAUCGACAAUCCAAAGAUAAUGAAACAACCACCAAUUAAAUUUGACCCCAAAAUACUGCAUCUGUCAGCAUAUUCAGUGGAUAAGUUAGUGUGCCUGAAAGACCAAGAUUGGAAUGACUUUCUGCACCAAGUGUGCUCACAGAUCGAUUCCACUGGGAAGACCACUGUGGCCUCCCGGGCGAAGCUCAACCUCCUUGGCUAUUUGUGCACCGUGGCUGGUCACAGGGACGUGGCCAGCAGGCUCCUCCACUCCCCGCUGUUCCAUUUGCUAAUCCAGCAUUUGCGAAUAGCUCCGAACUGGGAUAUACGGGCCAAGGUUGCUCGGGUGAUUGGCUUGCUGGCCUCGCACACGACGGAGCUCCAGGAAAACACACCUGUUAUCGAGGCAAUUACGCUCUUAACGGAAUUAAUUAGGGAAAACUUCAGGAACAGCAAAUUAAAGCAGUGCCUUUUACCAACUCUCGGGGAACUGAUCUAUCUUGUUGCCACCCAGGACGAAAAAAAAAAGAACCCUCGAGAAUGCUGGGCCGUCCCCUUGGCUGCAUACACAGUGCUAAUGAGGUGCCUUCGGGAAGGGGAGGAGCGUGUUGUCAAUCACAUGGCAGCAAAGAUAGUCGAGAAUGUCUGCACGACGUCGUCGGCUCAGGCCCAGGGCUUCAUUACGGGGGAGGUGGGGCCUGUUCUGUGGUACCUGUUCAAACACUCCACUAUUGACUCGCUCAGAAUAACCGCGAUAUCGGCCUUGUGUAGAAUCACUCGCCAUUCUCCAACUGCCUUCCAGAACGUUAUUGAGAAGGUGGGCUUGAACCUGGUGUUAAGCACUCUGGCCUCUGCCAUCUGCAAAGUCCAGCAGUACAUGUUGACCUUAUUCGCGGCUAUGCUGUCCUGUGGAAUUCAUCUUCAAAGGCUUAUCCAAGAAAAGGAUUUUGUCACCACAAUCAUCAGAUUGUUUGACAGCCCCUCCACGUCCAUUCGCGCGAAAGCCUUCUUGGUUCUGUUACACAUUUUGAUACACAACCGUGAGAUGUUACUGCUCGGCUGCCAAGCACGCCUGGUGAUGUACAUCGAGAGAGACAGCAGAAAGGCUGCUCCAGGCAAGGAGCAGCAGAGCGGCCAUGAAUACCUGUCCAGGUGCCUGGACCUCCUCAUCCGUCACAUCGUGCAGGAGCUGCCGCACAUCCUGGGUGACAUUCUUAACGCUCUGGCUAACGUUUCCGGCCGGAAACACCCAUCCACGGUGCAGGCAAAGCAGCUGAAGAUCUGCCUUCCCCUGAUGCCUGUGGUGCUUCACCUGGUGACUUCUCAGGUUUUUCGACCUCAAGUUGUAACAGAGGAGUUCCUCUUCAGUUACGGAACUAUUCUUAGUCAUAUUAAAUCCGUAGACUCAGGAGAGACGAACAUAGAUGGAGCUGUAGGACCAGUCGUGUGUGAAGAAUUUAUCAAGAUCACACUGUCCGCUUUUGAAGCAAUAAUUCAGUAUCCUGGUUUGUUGAAAGACUAUCGCUCAACGGUGGUCGACUAUAUCCUGCCACCCUUGGUUUCCUUGGUUCAAAGCCCAAAUGUGGAGUGGAGGCUCUUCAGCUUGCGACUGCUCUCAGAAACCACGUCUCUGCUUGUGACCGAGGCGGACGGGGACGGCAGGGACGAGGCGAGCCUGGAUUCCGACAGCGGUCUCGUGGCUCUUGUCAGAGACGCCCUGCUUCCCCAGUACGAUCACAUCCUCACGGAGCCUGACCCCGUGCCAGCGUAUGCCCUGAAGCUGCUCGUUGCCAUGACGGAACACAGCCCAGUUUUUACCAGACUUGUGGAAGAAAGCAAGCUGAUCCCACUCAUUUUUGAAGUAAUUCUGGAACAUCAGGAGAGCAUUCUGGGUAACACCAUGCAAAGUGUGGUUGCUUUACUUAACAAUCUGGUGACCUGCAAAGAUUCGAAUAUGAAGCUGCUUUAUGAACAAGGUCUUGUCAGUCACGUCUGCAGCCUGUUAACCGAAACGGCCACACUGUGCUUGGAUGUGGACAGUCAAAGCAACAUCGAGACAGCGUCGGCGCUGAUGUGCUCUCUGCUCGAGAUUCUGCUGGGCAUGCUGACCUACACGUCCGGCGUGGUUCGACUGGCUCUGCAGGCGCAGAAGACUGGCUCAGGAGGGGUCGUCGAGGCUGCAGAAGACCUGCUGCUGCUCAGUCGGCCCCUGACAGACCUCGUCAGCCUGCUCAUUCCACUGCUUCCUCAUGAAGAUCCUGAAAUUUUUGAGGUUGCAUCCAAAUGUCUGUCUAUACUGGUUCAGUUAUAUGGAGGGGAAAAUCCCCACAGCCUGUCUCCUGACAAUGCAGAAAUCUUUGCUGGAUUGCUUGCAUCAAAGAAGGACCCCAAGGAGCAGAAGCUUCUGUUGAGGAUUCUUAGGCGAGUGGUCACCUCCAAUGAGAAGCACCUGGAGAGCCUCCGGAAGGCAGGUGGCCUCCUGCGGACACUGGAGCAUCUGUCCCCGGCGGGCAGUUCACCAGCCGACAGUGCAGUAGCCUCCUUGGCCCUGGAAAUCCUCCAAGCCGCCAGUCACUGA